AUGGAGCCGCUGUGCAACGCCAGCGAGCCGCCACUGCUGCGACCGGAGGCGCGGACCUCGGGAAAUGGGGAUCUGCAGUUCCUGGGCUGGAAUGUGCCACCGGAUCAGAUACAAUACAUUCCGGAGCACUGGCUGACCCAACUGGAGCCGCCCGCCUCCAUGCACUACAUGCUGGGCGUCUUCUACAUAUUCCUCUUCUUCGCCUCGACCCUGGGAAACGGCAUGGUCAUCUGGAUCUUCAGCACCUCCAAGUCGCUGAGGACACCAUCCAAUAUGUUUGUGCUUAACCUGGCCGUUUUCGAUCUGAUCAUGUGCUUGAAGGCGCCGAUCUUCAUCUACAACAGUUUCCAUCGGGGAUUCGCAUUGGGCAACACCUGGUGCCAGAUAUUCGCCUCCAUCGGUUCGUAUUCGGGCAUCGGAGCUGGGAUGACGAACGCGGCCAUAGGUUACGAUCGUUACAAUGUGAUCACCAAGCCAAUGAACCGGAACAUGACCUUCACCAAGGCGGUCAUAAUGAACAUUGUCAUCUGGUUGUACUGCACACCGUGGGUUGUCCUGCCGCUAACCCAGUUUUGGGACCGAUUUGUGCCAGAGGGCUACCUCACAUCCUGCUCCUUCGAUUACCUGUCGGAUAACUUUGACACCCGCUUGUUUGUGGGCACCAUAUUCUUCUUCAGCUUCGUGUGCCCCACGCUAAUGAUCCUGUACUACUACUCGCAGAUCGUGGGCCACGUCUUUAGCCACGAGAAGGCACUGCGGGAGCAGGCCAAGAAGAUGAACGUGGAGUCGCUGCGUUCCAAUGUGGACAAGAGCAAGGAGACGGCGGAGAUCCGGAUAGCCAAGGCGGCCAUCACCAUCUGCUUUCUGUUCUUCGUGUCCUGGACGCCGUACGGCGUAAUGUCGCUGAUCGGCGCCUUCGGGGAUAAGAGCCUGCUCACGCCAGGAGCCACGAUGAUCCCGGCCUGCACCUGCAAGCUGGUGGCGUGCAUAGACCCAUUCGUCUAUGCCAUCAGUCACCCCAGAUACCGCAUGGAGCUGCAGAAGCGCUGCCCCUGGCUGGGCGUCAACGAGAAGUCCGGGGAGAUCUCUUCGGCUCAGUCCACCACCACUCAGGAGCAGCAGCAGACCACGGCGGCAUAGAACCAAGGAUAACUCUACUCUCACACAGCUGACAUUGUAAUACAAAAGCCUAGGGAAACUAUAAAAACUAUCGACGAUGAGACAACGAACAAUUUACGUUAUAAUUUGUAGUGCAACAUUCCUGAGUUUAUGAUAAAUAAAUAGUAACUUAUGGCAAAUAA